CGCAUUAGUGCGCAGGGGCGGCCAACCGUAGUGCUAUCAAAAAUUCACUGCUUGGCAUGUUUGUGGAGCAGUUGACGGUUGAACUUUGAGGAGUGCGGUUGCCACGGUUGGGCAAUCGGUGCCCCCAAUUUUCUCACCUGUGACUCUGUGUGUGUAUUUAAAUUUUUUUCUCAACUAAACCACCCUCUCAUCUACACACCGUCUCCCUCCUCAAUCGGCUCACGCGCUACUCCAUUGCGAAACCACGCGCUGCUAUUAAAGAGUAGCCGACGGAUCCCGUCGAUGGAUGCUAAUUGUGAGGAGGUGAAAUGGUCAGAAUUUUCGGAAAAUCUUCCCAAAAGGCACGAGGAAUGUGCUUUUAUUGUUAACUUUCUGCAUUACUUUUGCUCACACAAUAUGAUUGCAUAGAGAGAAAGAAAAGAACAAGAAAUUACACAAAGAGAGAGUACAAGAACAGCUGUGAAGGACAAGGAGCUCCUUCGGGAAGCUUCCUUGGUUGCAUUGUGAGUGCCACAGGGAGGGAUUUUUGUGCGCGUGACGUAAGCAAAAGGUGCCAAAGUGUUAUUUUGUGGGUGCAUUUUGUUCGAAAGGGGGCCCGACAAAAGCAAUACGGAGGGCCUCAGGAGUGCACUGGCCCGUUUGCGACGACAUACAACGGGUCCCUCACUCCCCACCGCCACUUCCGCCGGAUCCUCCCCGUCCAACCAAAGUGGAAUUUUUACCAGAGAAAACAGAAGCAAUCCGCCCAGCCCAACACCUGCACCCCCUUCGACACCCCGUAGAACGAAAGCUCUGCCACACAGUGCGAUGACUGUGUCCGUAACGCAUGGGCAGACAACCACGACAACAACUCAUCCUCAUCCCUCCACCACCGCCACCAUGGUUAGACCUACGAGUCCAGGAAAUUCCAGUGGCUCAGAGACGGACCAAGUUACUGGAACUGCUCUACGGAGGCUCUACUUCAAGAGUGGACGACACCCAAGAGCCAGAGGACCCGCUGUACCCAAGGUCGUCGUUAUGGGUUCAUCAACAACAUCAAAUUCUGAAGCAACAAUCAACACAUCCACUGAGAGUGCUUCAACUCUCACCACCAAUGUUACAGCCACCGACACUGAGACGUGUGAUUCCCUGGAUUUUGGGGAUACAUCAGGGCUAAUGGAGCCGCUUCUUAGCUCUCUGGAUGAAGCUCCGACGACAGCAAUAAGUGUCCAAUCGCCGCCGCCAUUGACGAAUGGAUGCGCCGCGGGUGAAGAUAAGGAACAACGGAAGGCUGAAGAGGCAGAGGUCGGUAAUAGAAUUCCAUCCCCAGCUCCGGACCCUCCUUUGUUGCUCAAUUACGACGAGGAUCCCUCAAAUCAACCAAAAACAGCUCCUGUUAGCACUCAAUCUCGCUUCCCAUUUGAUCGUCCUCCAUCUCCAAGAAGUGUACGAACAUUGGAGAAGAAUCAACCUCUAUUCACCUUCGACGAGGAAGCUGAACACCGGGAAAGUCGUCAUAGGGACCAAAUUUCCGAAAAGGAAAAGAAAUGCGAUAAAACGAUCAAUGGGCGUGUUGCACUGAAGGACAAGUAUGUCCUUAGUAAGCGUAUGAGUGCCAAGAAGCGAUUUGGUCAGACAGAUUCCACCAUGUUCCCCUUUGACCGUGAAGCUUUGGACUAUGAAAGGAUUCAGAGGGAAUACUUUGCACUCGAGGAAGAGACAAAGUUCCCUUUUGAUUCGGACACCUGUCUCGGGUACAAUUCAUCAGAUAGCCCCCUUAGGGAAUCUAUUAAGAGAUCGGAGAUUGAGUUGAAGGAUCGAAGGAAAUAUGAGGGGCCACAGGAUGUCUUCCAGCAGUACACACUGUUGGCACAGCAAGAGAGCAAAAUGCAUUACACUGAAUCCACUCCGAAGCCCACAAGAAGAUCCACCAAGAGAGUAAAUCCGGGGAAUUAUUCGUCAAAAUACGAUGCGUUCUCACCCAAGACGGAUCAUCCAAAAUCAGUGCAAGAUCACUUGGGGGGUAUGUCCAAGUUUGAUCAGAUUGCCACAAAAUUUGAUCAAAUGGCUCCAAAGGGUGAGUCGAGUAGCCCAUCAGGCGGAGCCCAUGGCACCCCAUUGCCCGACCUCCGAGUGGACUUCUUCGCUGAGGAGCCAACAGCUCGCGCCGAUGACGUGAACCUGGAAGAUUGCCAGAAGAUCAUGCAGCGUGGCGAUGCUAUAAAUGUCACGAGCAAUCCACUCGAUUCGGCAGUCUGUACUCAGCCACGAGCCACGAUCGUUGUGCAGCAAGCAUCACUGAGCUUGGAUAAUUCCGUGGAAACUUUCUUACUAAAACACGAGACGGACUUUGUUAGUGUGGAACAGGGUAAGGAGGCGCGCCAAAAGAAGAAGCAACAACGUGAAGAAAAUAUGAGGCAAUUGCUGGAUGUCACAAAUACCCUCACUUCCGAGGAGAUAAGGGAUUUUGAGAUGAGGUAUGGCUCUCCUCAUCACAGCCGUUCACAAUCGGUCAAGACGCCAGGGAGCCGAGCUUCCGGUCGACCCAAUCAGUUGAGUCUGCCUCAGCAACGCUCCAGAGUAGCUUCCAUGCCAAAUACUGGUGUUGAAGAGGAGUACUACAGGUUAAGGCAUUUCUCCAUCACAGGAAAGGGGGUUGUGAAUAGAGGGGAUUCAUUAAAGAGUCGCAGAAGUCGAUCCAACAACAGUGUAGCUUCCUCAAAUUCAAGUACUGAACACUUGACGGCCAAUGCAGCCGUUGUUGUAAGCACGGCGGGCGGCGGAUCAGCUAAGACUUCAGCUACAGCUAGUCUUGCCUCAAGUCGCGAAAGUAGCACAUCAAAUCCCGGCAAUGGACCCUACCGAGUUCUCAUGCUGGGUGCCACUGCAGUUGGAAAGAGCUCCCUUGUGUCACAGUUCAUGACCUCAGAGUACCUCCAUGCAUACGACACAAGCAUAGAUGAUGAGUCUGGUGAAAAAUCUGUAUCAGUUCUUCUGAGUGGUGAGGAAUCCGAAUUGAUCUUCAUUGAUCACGCUUCCACGGAUAUGUCGCCUGAAAGUUGUCUAACAUCGUAUGAUCCUCAUGGGUACUGUGUAAUUUACUCCUCUGCUGAUCGAUGCAGUUUUUUGGUAGCCGAAAGAGUCCUCCAGGGACUUUGGACAUCGGAAAAUAUUGCCCAAAAAGCUGUGAUUCUUGUUGCCAAUAAAGCGGAUUUAGCAAGGAGUCGAGCUGUCUCAUCUGAAGAGGGGAAAGCCAUGGCAACAGCAUACGACUGCAAAUUCAUUGAGACUUCCGUUGGAAUAAAUCACAAUGUGGAUGAACUGCUGGUUGGUCUUCUCUCGCAGAUUCGUUUAAAACUUGAGAAUCCCGAAAAGUCCAGGGAUCUAUUUAGAAAGCGAUCAACGAGAAAAUCCAAAAGAAGAGCCUGCUCUCCGCUGGGAAGUGCAGCUACAGCUUGUUUAACGGGCAGUGGUGGUACGAAUCCAGGAACACCCGUCUCAAUAGGACCCACUGUUACAGGGCAUGACUACCCAACUCCACCCGGAAGUGCUCAAAGCUCACCGAGAAAGUAUCGAGGCUCACGCACAUCGACGAGUCUCAAGGUGAAGGGACUCCUGGGGCGUGUUUGGGCCAGGGAUUCAAAAUCAAAGAGCUGCGAAAAUCUCCAUGUGCUGUAAAUAUGAUAUUACACAUCAUAUUAUAAUUAAUUCCCUUUUACGGGGUCCUUCGAUGGGCCCCAAUACUGGACCAUAGUUUCAUGUAGUUCAUCCUCUAUAUAAUCAUCCUGCAUUAUCCAUCUUGGUAAUUCCAUACGAAUUUUUGCCCAAUUUCUUCUCGGCGAAAUGGAAUUUGAGGGAAGAAUAAAGCCACAAAGGCUCAAAAUCCGCAUUAGAUUAAUCGUUUUAAUCGUAAAAAAAAGUAUAUCCUCGUUAUUUUUAAAGAGAAUUUGUCUCAAUUUCGUUAUUAUUAGUAGCGAUAACUUUGAAAACUUCAAUGUGGAAUUAAGUGAUAAUUUUUUGUCGUUUUAUAUUUGGCAAAACUUCCAUAAACUUUAUAAAGGAUCAUAAAAAUGUUUUCAAUCAUUUUAUUAAAUCUUCGAAAGAUAGAAAAAUUUAAAAAGAAAAACCCUUUUUUUGUUAAAUUUUAAUCAUAAAAAUUAUUCUUAAUUCGACAUUGAUUUUUCCCUAGAAAGAGACGGAAGAAAACUAUGUUUUCAAAUUAUAUUGAAAAAUCAAGUAUUUCUAAAAUAAAAUUCUUAAUAGUAUUUUAAGAUUAAAUAAGAAACAUAUUUAAAAUAAUUUCAGGUUUUAAUGUCAGACUUUUACUCUUUUGAAAAAAUGUAAAAGAAGUGCAUAAAGUUAAAAGUUGAGUGUUAAUGUGAAAUUCGUCCCGGUUUUAGAUGAGUAAGAAGUCAAUUUCAAAAAAGAUAAAUACACAAAGAAAAAAAAUAUCUUAAAAUUUGACGAAAUAUCAAUUUAAAUUAAAAAAAAAAAAACAAACUUUCUGUAGGAAUAUAGAGAAAAUUUUAUAUCCCGAAAGUAAUAUUUAUUAGUUAAGAUUUUACAAUAAUUUAUCUGUAAAAAUAUUUUAUAAGUUUUAUACUUUUAUUUUAUACGAUAUUUUUUAUAUUUUGAAUUUUAUAAUAAGUUGUAGUCAUUUACAAGGACUUGUUUUGAACUGAUUUUUUGUAUGUUGUCGUAUUAAAAGUUUUUUAAGUGUGAUUUAUGUUUUCUUUUAUUUAAACUUUUCUUCCCACCCCUAUGUACUUUUUUAUGAUUUCUUCAAAAAGCAAAAAACAUAAAAACUUUCAACAGAUGCAAAAAAUCAAAAAGAAUCCAAUCAAAUAACAAACUGCCCACAAUUUUCACCAUUAAACAAAUCCACAAAAGCAAUUUUCCACUUUUUCCCGACUUUUUUGAAAAUUGCAAAAUUUGGGUCUUUGCAGUGAAAUUGUGUGGGGAGCAAAUUUGGGGACAAACAAAAUUUAAAAAAAAAAUCUUAAAAAAUGGAUAUCAUUUGGAUGUUGAGAGGGACCAAAAAUUUAGGAGAUUGUUGCACAUUGUCGCUUUAUUUAUCAUUUACAUAAGAUCCCUAGAAUUGUUGUCCACACAUUCCACUGAUUAUUUUAGCUUUUAAAACAUAUAAUUAUAUAAAUAAUUAAGCGUAAAUAGUAAUAAUAUAAUUUACUGGGUCCAUUUUAAUCACCAUAUUUGCAUGUUUAAAUGUUUCUCGUGUUCGUUCCCAAAGAUCAUGGUAUUUUUGCCUCAGAAGAAGAAAGAAGAUUUAUUGAUUACAAAAAUUUACGAAUUUUAUCGUAGUUGAAAUGAAAAUAUCAUAAUAAUUCUUCGGUAGAGACAGGAUUAGAAGAUUGCGCAUAUUAAAAAGAAAAAAAUAUAUUUCAUCUCUGCAAUAUUUGCAUAAAUAGAGAAUGUUCAAAAUAUUGAGAUUUUUUAAAUGCUGAAGGAAAGAAGCAUUAAACCCUUCAAGGUAGUUUUUAGCAUAUUCCAAGCUAAUCAAUCAUUUAAAAAAAGAUCACAACUAAAAUAUCUAACACAUCCAACCGAGACAGAUAUCAACAUAAUUAAUAAAUAGAAAGAAAAAAACAUAAUUUUGACGUUAUAUUUUGCAAAAGAAUAACAAAAAUUAAUUUUAAAAAAAAUUCUGAUUUUUUAACGAAUCAUUGACGUAGUCAUGAAGGAUAUUUGGGUGUCUAACACGCUAGAAGUUCUGAUUUUCAAAAUUCAUGAAAACGUCAAUCGUUAGAAAACAACUGUCAAACGUUCUACAAAACAUCAAACGUUAGAAAAGAGACAUCAUUAUGUUAGAAUAUGUUAGACAAGUCGUCAAAAACUGCUCAUUUGAAUGCUUUUUCGUUGUUAAUAUUAUUCUUAUAAACUCUGACUCCGGAUUCCUUUUUCUUAAUCUUCUUCUUAGUUUCUUUUAGUUAUUAUUUUUUCUUAAGCACUCCCUUGAACAGAUAUGUGGCUACGUCAACAUUCUACUUCAGCAUUUUAACAAGUUUACCUAAAGGAUCUGGCAAAAAAGAUUUAUUCAACUUGAUCUCACUCUUUCGACUAUGAGAGGGAACAUCAUCAUAUUGGUAUAAAAAUUAAAUAAAUUCACGAAUUAUUGAUUAAAAAAAUGUCGUGCCUUUUAUAAUUUUGAUCCCAAAUAAAAGAACAUUAAUUUCUUGUAAUACAUUGCGAUGCAAUGCGCAACAUAAGAAACCCAAAAAUAACAUUCUAGUGCCAAAAAAAGGAGAUGAUUUGUUGCUAUCGGAUGGAAAUUGAAGCAAUAUAUAAUACCUUCCUCCUCCAUCAUCCUUUGUAUCCUGCAUAAAAUUCCCCAUCACCAUAAUUAUCGUGCGUUAAAUUGUUGAUUAAAGCAUAAUGUGUUUGUGAAGAUCAUGCGAUGAAAAGUAUGUGUUCGGAAUAGUCGGGUAAAAAAAAAUUAAAUGAAAAAAAAUACAAAGAAAUCUGUAAUGAAAAAAUAAGUAGGUACAUAAUUUGAAGAAAAUGAAAAGCCCUCAAAUCAAAAUAUUUAUUGAAAAUGAAACACUAUAACCCAAAUAAAAUGAUAAAAGCACCAAAGAUUUUAUUUUGCUGCAGUAGAAGUUUUUAGAAUGGAUUUUUUUUAUUCAAUAUGUCUCGUUAUUGCAUUUAUUGACACAAAUUAAUUUUUUAUACGUUAAUUUAAUAUUCUUCACCUGACACAAAAAAUAGACUUAUAAAUAUUUUGUUGAUUCCAUUGGACUGGAAAUUUCGUUCGGUCCUAAAAGCCUCUUUGCAGCAUAAUAAUUUAAUUGCUAAAGUUUACAGCGCAUGACCUACAUCAAAAUAUAUAUACUUUCAACAAAUUGAAUAAAAAUUGCAAUAUAAAAACUCAUUACACUUUGUAUUAAAAUUGACACACAUAUAACAUUUUAUGAAGUGAACACAAAUUAAAAAAAAAAGCUCCUUUCAAAAAUCCCUGUGUUUUUGUAAUUAAAAAGUAAAUUAAUGUUUCAUGAUGAAUUUUCAUGUGUCGCACACAAUAUUAAUGUUUCUAUCUGUCUAUGAUUAGGAAUUAAUUAAAUGAAAAUAAAAUUAAAGACAACCUCUUCCUUAUUAACUUUGACCUCCGCACACACACCGUAAAGAAAAGCUACACUCAAUGCCCCCCAAAAUGAAAAUUCAAUAUAUUGUGAAUGUGAGAAUCUACUCACAAAUCAGCUAAAAUAUAAAUAUAUACAGAAAAUAUUCGAAGAAAAUAUUAAAAAUGAUAAACUGUGUAAUAAGAAAUGAAGAAAAUGAUGAGAAACUGUUGAAAAUGCACAUUGGAAUUUGAUGAAAACUUUCUUUCCCAAAGCAAUUUUUGGGGUGGGGAGGAAACUAACACAAAAUAUUGCAUAUAAUGAAGUUUUCCUGAAAGAGAAAAAAAAUAAGAAAAUUAUUGUAAAAUGAGAAGGAGAAACAAUCUAAGGAAGUGAAAUAAAAUGAAGAUUUAUUCUGAAAUUCAAUAAAA